CAUACGGCACUCAAUUCAAUUGCAACACAUGGUGAUUUUCUGAUAAUUGGCAAUUUCUAUCAGCUUCUCUACCCAAGUCUCUUCCCAGUGGAUUUGACGACACAACGGCCUAAUGCAGGCCGUGAUACCUGCAGUGUUUUACGCUCCUAGUGAAGGAACUUAUCCUUGUCAAUUGCAACAGGCCGCCUCUACUACCCUUCAGACUCUGGCAAUCAGCAACCGAAACUUUUCUCAUCUUUGCUUCUAUUGUCGGUAGUCGUGCAAUGUCAGUACAACUGCCAAAACUCUGUACACCCCGAAAAUCGUCACACAGCAACACCCGCUUGACUCAAAAGAAUAAAAAAAACUCUCCGGCCCGUAUGAUACAAACAGUCAACAACUUCAGGAGAUGUAACCUCCACAUCUCGCUUGUAGUAAAUGCCGUUGUCCUCCCGUUCCCCUUCGCGGCCCGUAUCAUACGGGGCGUGACGUGCCGGCCUACGACAUGACCACCUCCAUCUGUAACUAUCCCCGUUCUCAUCACAUUGGCUUAUGCGGCCUAUUGCUGAGAAGUCCAGAGCAGAAUUCACAUGUAAUUAAAUUAUGAUGCAGUCCAACAACACUGGUGAACUCCUCUUGCACCGUUUCGAUGGUAAGUUUUGCUCUGCUUCGGUUGAAGAGUAGAACCACACUCUCUCUUUCCAGGCCACUGAUUCACUGACCAUUUGGACACUGGCGCUAAAGCUGUACUGGCCUGGAUAUUUCAAACUCUGGCUGUGAAUGAGAGUUAUAUGUGAUUUGGCUGUGAACUUGACACGUUGAUAGAGCACUCAGAUAGAAUAUAUAGAAAUGAGAUAAACCAGGAAGCAAGCGUCAUAUCUACAAGAGGAUUAAUUCCCCUCCAUUCUUCCUAAUACUAAAU